AUGUGGUUUGAUUUAUCAGUAUUACAACAGCCUUCUCUGGAUCUGGUUGAACUGGAAUGGUCCUGUCCUGAGCUUUCCGGUUUGGUGUCUCCUGAGAGCCACAACCUGCAUGUUCCCCAUGCCUUUCAGUCCCCCACUCCACUCCAGUCACCCUCUGGAUCCUUUUCUUCUGUGGACUGCUACUGGAGAGAUAAGGCAGACCUCAACCAGAGGGCUCUGGGAGAUGCACUGAAGACCAAUGACCAGCUCAGUGUGAGUCUAAACAAGAAACAGGAAGAGAUCCUCGCAUUACAGGAAAGAAAUAACCAGCUGAAGGAGCUUGCCAGCCAAGCCAAACAUUUGGCCUCCAUACUUGAUCUUCUGACACAAUCAACAAAUAGAGACUGCCCCACAACAGAUGCUACCAAUCAGAGGACUGGAGUCAAAAGGCAGAGGCAGGACAAUCUGCAAACACCCAGUGUGGACCCAAGAGACCAAGUAAAUGACAGAAAUAUAGACUUGGACAGGGGCCCAAAACAGCCUAAAUUGCACCAAGAUGUGGAACCGGUGAACCAGUGCCAGAUAGAAAGGAUAAACAUGUAUGGAGCUUUCAGUAGACUGCAGGUGAACACCUCCUGCUGCCCUGUUUCUGCCAGCAGCAGCUGCUCAGAGGAAGGAAUGUGCUUCAGGACCUCCAUUAGAGACCACUGCACCAUCAGGACGCUGGUGUUUCCACAGGGAAGGACUUUCACCUCAAAGGUGCCUAGUGGGGGCUACAGGUUUCGUUGGGUGCCAUGCUAGAACUUCAGAGGGUGGGGGGUUCCAGUCCUUGAUGGCUGCAGACAUCCUGGUUUUUGUUCAACCUUCUCUUUUAAUGGUUUGAUUGAAGCCACCUUUCUCUGGGCAUGAAACAGUCACUGUUUGAAUGUUAACUCUCAAAUCAGCAGAACCACAGCCUGCAGGCUCGGAGCUAGCGACACUGAUCACUACCUGAUAACUUGAUGUUGCACCUACCACUUUAAUUUAAAGGUUACAUAUAACUUGAUGUAUAAGUUGCAUCUUACUAGGUGGUGAAUAAGGAGUUCCGUUAGUUUGUAAAGUUGA